CGUUCGACCCGAUGGCCGUCGCGUUUGUCAGGUGUCGUCGUCGUCGUCGUCGUCUUCGUCGUCGCCGUCGUCGUCGCGGCGGUUCACAGGCGGAAGUCCGUCCCGACGUUGUUCCCGGUUGUUGAUCGACCGGAAMGACAACAAGGCGGCAUGCGGGAGAACAACAGCGGCACCGACGGCAGCGGCGGAGACGAUCGUACAACGUCAUCGUCGUUUACGGUCAUCGACGACGACCAUCACGACCGCCGGGGCCGUCGCCGCCACCGCGACCACCGCGACCACCGCGAUUACCACGGUCACCGAGUUGACCACGGUGACCGCGAUAGCCGAGACCACGGCCUGCAGGACCGCCGGGAUCAGGAUCCGCGACAGUUUGCCCGGACCCUAGACUCGAAGCUCAAAAAGCUGCAGCAGCGACACUCCGGCGACGGCGCCAAGCACGCAUCCAGGAAACCCGUUUUCGUGACCACUGUGAAAACGGGAAUUUUCCUGGAUCCGCCGCCUGAUCUGGCCGCACUGCUCGGGCUCGACGACCGUUCGUCUCAGUCCGGCGUCGACUCGGACCGAUACUACUCGUACUCGAGCAAGCCGCGCGUCCUCCACGACAGACAAAACCAACGGUGCACCGUCUCCUCCUACUCGUCCCGGAAGACUGACGGAAAACCCGAUAUGUGCAAACAAAUGGGUUACACGAACAUCAUGCACGACAAACGAGUGGUCAGAGGCAGUAAUUUUGCGAAAAAAUCGUUCCGCCCAAAGUGGAACCCAUAUUUUGGCUAUGCUAAACAAUUGUCGUCGGAGUKGGGUAAAGAKUCAUCAACGGCACGGGAAGMGGAAGCUCGUCGACGGGCCAUGGCCAGGAAAAAAGCCAUAGACUAUCAAACCAGAGCGUUGAGAUUUCACCUGGGAGCGCCGAAAAUUCCUAGAGGUCGACAGAACGUGGACAUCCAAACCGAUGUACAUCUAGAAGAACUGUACGAUUAUCCGGUGUCGCAAACGUUCGGGGCGCAGACUGAAUUCGACCAAGAAMUGUCAACGAACACGGUAACUGGGACGCCUGCCGGCACUGACGCGUCUACCCAAGUAGACGAAAAAGACUUAUUCGACUUCGACACCGAAGUGACGCCGAUAGCGGAGGCUCUGAUCGCCGACGUGUUCCGACAAGCCAUGCGCGAAGUGUUGUUCGAAGACGAGCUGGAAACGAGGGCCAGGCAACAAAAAGCGUUGUGCAUGCGGCGCACCAUCGAGGAGAUCGAAAAGCAAAGACUGCAGUACGAAGACGAAAGGCUGAAUAAAGUUAUCGCUGAACACACUCAAAUGUUUGAUAAAGGGGAGAAAAAUGAAAAAGAACGAAUCUCUUCAAUGAUGACUUCGGGCCGUGUGACUGAUUUGUUGCCCAAAGUACUUGACGAUCUGAGUAAAAAAGGACUCGCCACAUAUGCGACCACUAAUAAAUUAGAAAGUCCGGAAUUCGUGCAAUGGCUGACGAAAGAACUGCAAGCUGAUAAAACGAAACACAUCGAGAGCGACGACAUUUUGAAAAGUAUGAUCCAUGAUUUAGUAAGGCGUCGUUUGGACUCGUACAACGAGAUUACUGACGUGAAGGACAUUGAACGACCCGAAGAGCUAUUUAAAGAAAUUGAAUCGAUAGCGUUAGAAACCGACAAAAAGAUUGAAUCGGUUACUAAGGAUAGCUAAAGAUUAGUUGAGAAGAAAAAGAAAUUUUCUUAAAGUUUUCCCCAUUUCAACCGGCACAGAAUGUAUUUUGACAUACRUCGAUAGGUGUUUUACAACAGGUGUCUACGUAUAAAAAAUAAAAAAUUUAAUAUAAUCGUACAUGGAAACAAAAUUAAAAGUUACGACAAAGAUUUGCCUUAAAUAUUAUUAUGAGACGGAGAAACACAGAAAAUUAAGAUACACUCUGUGAACCCGUAUAAAAUAUGUACUUGAAAACUUGCUCGAAGUCACGAGUAAAAUUAUAUUUCUCGUUGUUAAAUUAAAUCAUAAUAAAUCUUAAGUCACCAAGUCAGGGGAAACUAGUUUCAACAUCAUAAAAUCCGAAAAUCCGAAAAUCCGAAAAUCGUAUGUGUACCUACUUGAGUUCUUAGAAAAAAUAACAUUUUUUUUUUUAACAGUCUAAAAUCCAAAAUAAUUGUAUUUUAUCCCAAAAUUACCUAUAGAUAAUAUAAAGACAAUAUUAUGCAUAUAUUUGUCUUCACAACAGUUCAUAAUAGUUUCAAUUACAAUGCAAAAAAUAAAAUACAAUACCUAUCUAAUUGGUWUUUAUCCCGCUUCCCGAUUUAAAAAAAAAAAUUUUAAAAAUACCCAAUUAAAAAAACCCCUGGAGAACCUUCAGUGUGAACACAUUUAUAACACCUAUAUAUGUACCUAAGUAAUUAAACUAGAUAUAGAUAGCAAAAAUAUUUUGAAUCGAACGAGAAGUGUAUGAAAUUUCGCAGAAAAUAUUUUUGAAUGUUAAAAUAUAUUCGUUGUUGUGUAGUUUUAGAAAAAAAAACAUUCUAUUAAUAGAUGAACACCGAUACGACGAGCUUCAAUCAAAAAACAAUGUGUCGUUAUAAUAAUAUUAUAUAAUAGAUUGAAAAAAGAUAACGUACCUACGCCUAAAUAUAUUAUAUUGUAUUAUGUGAUUAAUUAUUAUUAAAUAUYAUACCAUGCAA